CGCAUCGAAGCGCUUCUUUCGACGCUCGUCAUGCGGGUCGACAACCUCGCAAACGAUCUCGCCGAUCUCAAGGCCGCCUUUGCAGUGCGCCUCGACGAUAUUUCGAUCACCACGACCAACACCCUCGGGUGCAUCGAAAGCGUCGCGUCGGCAAUAGAGCGCGCGACGCAAGAAACGGCGGCCACCAUCCUUGAGGCCCAUGACAACGUGCUCCCACGUGGGAUGCUAGUGUUGACGAAGAAGUACAAGGAGGGGAAGCCGCCGUCGAUUCCGUCGAAGAAGUACGAGGGCCCGCUCUUUUUGUACCUGGUGGACGAGGUGACACACGAAAUCCUCUACGACAACGUAAUCUACCCGAUCCACUUCAACACCGCCGGCCUCACCAAGCGGAUGGUGACCGAAAUCGCUCCGGGCUUCCAAGACGCGCUGAAUUGGAUCGGCCAACCCUUUCAAGCCAUUGCGGAUGCUGUCGCGUGGAUGGAUGACGCGCUCCGCGUUUACUAUACGCCGCCCGGCACGGCGAUCGGUGACCUCCACGAGCUCAUUAUCAAACACGACCCGAAGAAGUCGCUUUGCGGUCUGACCCGGACGGUGCUCGCCGCGAACAACGGACGCGUCGUCUGGACGGUCAAGAAGCGCAACAGCGAGAACAGAUACUAGUAGUGCAUGUGCGACAGCGACAGGUGAUCUUCUUAUCGCCAGCGUCGCCAUUUGUCUCCUUCUUCUUCAAUUCAUGUCGUGUCGUCGUUUUUAUUUAACAAACUAAUACUAGUAAGUUAUAUGCUCGUAUUUCCA